AUGCUACUGACGCCACAGGCACCCGCCGUGCUCAACCAGACCCGGAUCCCCGAGCUUCCUGCCAACUCGCCAGACACUCUGCAGCCGCUGCUGGAGUUUGUGGCGCAGAAGCUCGGAAUGACCGACAUUGAGGUGUUCGACCUGCGCGGCUCAGACGGCGAGCAGGCCUCCAACGAGGGCGCCCAGGAGGUCGCCGACUUCAUGAUCAUAGCCACGGGCAAGAGCCCGAAGCAUCUGCAAAAGGCCACCUUUGAGCUCAACUUCUACGUCAAGCACCAGCUUAAGAGCCUGUCGACGCACGAGGGGCUGCUCACGACGGGCCAACUGGCCAAGUUCCGGCGCAGGCUGCUCAAGAGAGGGAAGAAGGGCCCCAGCUAUGCGAUGAACGACUAUGGCGCGGAACCCAACACCUGGGUGAUGGUGGACUGCAAGAAGGACAACAUCUUUGUGCACUUCAUGACGUCCGAGAGACGCGCGGCCAUGAAUCUUGAGGCUCUGUGGGCCAAGGACAAGACAAAGUACGAAAACAAGCCGCAGGCAGUCGAGGACGAUAGCAUUUUUUCGGGCUUCAGGUUCAUGCACACGAUGCGAAAACCAACGACUGCUUUGCAAGUCCUCACGCAAAUCUCCCAAUUUUCUAGCAGCUCCGGCACAGAGACAGCGGCCCGUUUCGAGCAGCUGAAAGAGCAGCAUCUCGCAGACCCUGCGAGCUGUCCAUUGGACCGUCUGGAGAACCAUCUCAAGUCCAAACAGGCCAACGGCCGACUCGUGACCGCCAGAGAAAUAUCCAAGCUGAUCGAGGUCGUGCUGCAGUCGGCCGAGUUCCACGAAGGACUCGAAAUAGACGCAGCGGUGUUCGAAAAACGAUAUGCUCGUAUUUUUUCCAUUAUCGAGACGUUCAGCCCUGUGCUCACAGAAAAAGACGUACAGGAGCUGUUGCCCGUGCUGGUGGUCGCCGGGUCGCAGAUCGAUGCUGAUGGCUUUGUCACGCUUGCCUCCACGGCACAGGACUCCGACGUCCACUUCAGAUAUUCUCCGAUGGUCAACAGGCUGUACAAUCUGUGCCACAAGCUAUACCAAAAGCGUAGGGACGCUGCGUUCGUCACGAAAAUGGACCUGUUGUUCCUCACCAUCUUCGCCAACCGCGGAAACUGGGUUUAUAUGAAAAAAGUGCUCGAAGCGGCACUACAACGCGAAGACUUUGUUCCUGUCCAGGCUGCACUCAAGUUCCUGUCUAUAAAGGGCACGCCAGCCCAAUGUCUGGAUUUUGUGGACAAUUACCUUCCGUACCUGAAACUGUGGCCAUCAUUCGACGCCUCCGCGCACAAGAGCGAGCUGGACGCGGUUCUGGCCAAGGCCGGAAACUAA